AUGCAACGUUUAGGGGCAAAUGUUGCCCGUGGUGUGGCCAAAGGCGUUCAGAAGCGAGCACUAUCAGCUGCUCCACCAAAAAAGGUUGAGGUUACGAUCGAUGAUAAAAAAAUUCUUGUUGACCCUGGAAUGACAAUUUUGCAAGCCUGCGCACUCGUCGGCGUUGAUAUUCCAAGAUUCUGUUACCAUGAUCGUCUUUCAAUUGCCGGAAAUUGCAGAAUGUGUCUUGUCGAAGUGGAGAAGAGUGUGAAACCUGUUGCUUCGUGCGCAAUGCCGGUUAUGAAUGGAAUGAAAGUGAAGACCAACUCAGAUUUCGCUAAGAAAGCUCGAGAAGGUGUUAUGGAGUUCCUCCUUAACAACCAUCCUCUUGAUUGCCCCAUUUGUGAUCAAGGAGGAGAAUGUGAUUUGCAAGAUCAGGCAAUGAAUUUCGGAUCGGACAGAGGACGUCUUCAAUCGAGAUAUGAUGGAAAACGCGCCACUGAAGACAAAAACAUUGGACCACUUGUUAAAACCGUGAUGACUCGUUGUAUUCAGUGCACGAGAUGCGUGCGGUUUGCGAAUGAAGUCGCCGCAUUCAAUGAUUUCGGAACAACUGGUCGUGGAGAAUCUCUUCAAAUCGGAACAUACGUUGAAAAAUUAUUCGCUUCUGAACUCUCUGGAAAUCUUAUUGAUAUUUGUCCAGUCGGCGCAUUGACAAGCAAACAAUACGCUUUUGUUGCAAGACCAUGGGAAACCAGAAAGACGGAAAGUGUCGAUGUUAUGGAUGCUACUGGAUCAAACAUUGUUUUGACUCACAGAACUGGAGAAUUGAUGAGAGUCAUUCCAAAGAUCAAUGAUGAUAUCAACGAGGAAUGGAUUGGAGAUCAAUCGCGUUUUGCCAUCGAUGGCCUCAAAGUCCAACGACUUCUUACUCCAAUGGUCCGCGGUGCUGAUGGCCAGCUCAAACCUUCAUCUUGGGAAGAAGCGCUCUUCACUGUUGCUUCAAAACUUCGCGAAACCAGUGCCGAACAGAAAGCUGCUAUUGCCGGAGGUCUUAAUGAUGUCGAAUCUCUUGUGGCGCUUAAAGACCUUUUCAAUCGAUUCAACAGCGAGAAUGUGAUGACUGAGGAGGAGUUUCCAGAGACAAGCGGAGGAACUGAUUUAAGAUCGAACUACGUGUUCAACGACGGAAUCGCUGGAGUUGAGAAGGCUGACGCGAUUCUGCUUGUCGGAACCAAUCCAAGAUACGAGGCUCCAACAUUGAAUGCCAGAAUCCGAAAAUCAUUCCUUUACACUGAUGUCCAGAUAGGAGUGAUUGGGGCUGAAGUUGAUCUUGCUUAUGAUUAUGACUACUUGGGAGCCUCAGCCAAAGCCAUUGACGAUAUCCUUGCUGGAAACGGUGAGUUCGCGAAGAUCUUCAACUCUGCAAAGACACCACUCAUCAUCGUCGGAGCUGAUGUUUUGAAAGGAGAAGCUGGAGCCACGAUCUUCGGAAAAUUGCAAAAAUUGGCUACUAAAGUUGGAAGCGGAAAAGACGUAAAGGUUUUCAACGUUCUUCAAAGAUGGGCUGGACAGACCGGAGCCCUUGACGUUGGAUACAAGGCAGGAACCGCAUCGAUUCGUAAGACACCGAUCAAGUUCCUUUAUUUGCUCGGAGCUGACGAAGGAAAAGUUACAAAAGCUAACCUUGAUCCACAAGCUUUCGUCGUGUACCAAGGUCAUCACGGAGACGCUGGAGCUGAAAUGGCUGAUGUCAUACUGCCAGGAUCAGCUUAUACGGAAAAAGAUGGAACAUAUGUUAAUACAGAAGGACGAUCACAAAGAGGAUACCCUGCCGUCACUGCUCCAGGAGAAGCGCGCGCUGAUUGGAAGAUCAUCCGUGCCAUCUCUGAAGUUGCCGGAAAGACCCUUCCUUACAGCGACAUCAAAGAGAUCAGACAACGAUUGAACGAAAUUGCACCACAUUUGUUGAGAUACAGAGAUGUUGAGCCUUCGAUCUUCCACAAGCAAGCUCUCGAACUCGCCCAAACCUCUGGAAGCACCGACGUCGACGUUUCGCCAAAACUUCGCGAAUUGUCCGAUUACUAUCAAACAAAUGUGAUUUCACGCAAUUCGUUGUUCAUGGCUCAAGCGAAGAAGGCGGCACUCGAGAAUAAGGAAAAUCCAUACGCCGAACCGCAGCAAUUUGCGCGAUUGUAA